AUGGGCCUCCAGAACGCCAAACACUCCAAAGUCAAGCAAGCCAAUAUAGUGAUGUUAGGACUUGAUUCUGCAGGGAAAUCAACACUGUUGUACAAGUUCAGGUACAGUGACCAUUUCCUAACGAGUCCAACAAUUGGCUUUAACGUGGAUAUGAUUGAAACUCAGAAGGAUUUCACCCUGACCUUUUGGGAUGUUGGAGGGCAAAAGAAAAUGAGGCAGUCCUGGGGCAGCUUCCUGGAGAACACCGACGGACUGCUCUACGUGGUGGACAGCUCUGAUAAACAACGCCUGGAAGAAUCAAAGAAAGAGUUUGAAGUCAUUUUAAAGACUGAAUCACUAAAAGGCAUCCCUGUGGUCGUGCUGGCAAACAAGCAGGAUUUGCCAGGAGCUUUAAACGCCGAGGAAAUAACGAGGAGGUUCAACGUGAAGAAGUACUGCAGUGACAGGAACUGGUACGUGCAACCCUGUUGUGCUAUCACAGGAGAAGGCUUGUCAGAAGCUCUCCGCAUCCUAACUGCUUUCACAAAGCAGUACAGCAGAUCAAAGGAGACUUCCACCAUCUUUAAGGAGAUCAAGACACUUUAG